AUGGAAUAUAUCUUCACUAAAUUAAUUAGGAAAUAAAGCAUGGCCGCGCCUAUGAAUUCUUUUGUAAUGGAGAUAGCUUUGUAGGUUACUACUAAAAUAACAAACGUACAGGAGUUGGUAGAUAUAUUUUUAGUAAUGGUGAUUACUAUGAAGGAGACUUCUACAAUAAUCAAAUAAAUGGAAAUGGCAUUAUGUUUUAUUCAAAUAGUGAGAGAUACAUUGGAUAAUUUAAGAAUGAUAAGAAGUGGGGUUAUGGAUAAUACUACUACAAAAAUGGUGAUAUUUAUUCAGGAAUGUGGAAAGAUGAUAUGA